UUUCACCAUCGUUUUAAUACUGCAGCGUUAGCAGUCCAUUCAGUCCGUCUGCAGCAGCGGUCGGCAGCAGACCAGCUAUCAUGCGCCGCUUAUUGUUAUCGCACCUCAUUGUCCUAAUUUCUUUGGCUUGGCGAGCUGACUCUUCCAAAAUCCUCGCGAUUACUCCACUGCCGUCGCCCAGCCACGGAAUAUGGAACAGAGUUUUGCUGGAGGCUUUGGCGGAAAGGGGACACCAGGUCACGGCAUUCAUGCCGUUCGUUGGAAAAAAUAAAACUGGAAUCAGCUACUUUGAGAUCGAGGGGACCUUUCCCGAUGAAGGAGUGCUAGACUUGAUGAGUCUCAGCACAAAAGAGCACGUGGAAGCGGUUUGGGAUUAUGCUUCAGCAAUUGGUAUGAUGCAAAUCGAAUCGAGCGCUGCAAAAAAACUGCAUGAACUGUCUGAAAGCGAUGAGAAGUUCGAUUUGAUCAUAUUCGAGCUUUGCUUUGGAGAGCAUUUUGCGUCGAUCUUGCCAAGAUUCAAAGCACCGAUUUUCGCGAUUGACGCUUACGCCGAUGGAUUUUGGAAUUGGGACUUCCUCAACGUGGAUAAUUAUCCCUCGGUUUACGUACAGCCUCUUUUAUCUUACGUAACGCCAAUGAGUUUUUUCGAACGAACGGCAAACUUUCUCACGCUUUACUACGACAAAUACCAUUACGGACAGUAUUUGAAGAAGCAGCAGGCACUCGCUUAUGAAAAAUUCGGAAAUGACGUGGCAAAAAUCGAAGACGUAUUGUACAAUUUGGAGUUCAUGAUCAUCAACUCUGGUCCUCCAGGAGUCGAUCCUGGCAGAAUUUUACCACCAAAUGUCAAGGAAGUAGGCUGUCUUCAGUGCAGGCCAGCGAAUCCUGACAAGCUACAAAAGGAAGUGAAAGAGUUCCUCGACAGUGCGAACGACGGCUUUAUUUUCUUCAGUCUUGGCACAAACGUCAAGAGCAUCAUGCUGCCGCAACAAGUGAUUGAUGGGAUAUUAGAAGUUUUUGGCAAGCUGAAGCUUAAGGUUUUGUGGAAGUUCGAAAGAGACGAUCUUCCAGGAAAACCAAAUAAUGUGAUGAUUAAUAAGUGGCUUUCGCAGCAGGAUGUUCUUGGCCACAAAAACGCUCGCCUUUUUAUCACGCACGGUGGACGUUUGAGCACACAAGAGGCCACCUACCACGGGACACCAAUGUUGGCAAUCCCUUUUUUCCUGGACCAGCACAAGAACGCGGAAGCAGUUGUAAAAACCGGAGUUGGCCUCAAGCUGGAGUUUUUGCUGUUCACAAAGGAGAAAUUCGAAUGGAGUGUUAAUGAAGUUUUAAAUAAUCCACUGUUCAAAGAAAAGGCUUGGGUUCGCUCGGCAAUCGCAAAGGACAGAAUCAACACGCCGCUAGAAGAGGCUGUGUUUUGGGUCGAGUACAUGAUUCGACACAACGGCACUAAACACCUUCGAACCGCAGGACACCAUUUGAAUUGGUUCCAACUCCACUCGCUGGACGUAAUCGUGCUUUUCCUGCUGACUAUUACUGCUCCAAUUGUUGUUUUGCUCAAGCUUCUCUGCAGGAGAAAACAAAAUAAAAUUAAAACCAAUUCAGCCAAGCGAGGUGAAAUCAACGAGAUGAGGCUGCGCCUGUUAUCUGUGGCGCUCGCUCUCACUUUUUUGUUUGCCGGGUGCCAGCAGACGCUCGGUGCCAAAAUCCUGGCCAUCGCGCCCGUCAUCUCGCCAAGCCACGGCAUCUGGAAUCGUGCCCUGUUCGAGGGGCUGGCCGACAAGGGCCAUGACGUCACCGCUAUCAUCCCUUUCGUGGGCAAGAACAGGACUGGAAUCAGCUACCAUGAUAUCGGUGGGCUAAUGGAAGAUGAGAACUUCCUCGAAUAUGCCCAUUUGAGUGUCAAAGGCAACGUCGAUGCAUUCUGGGAUUUUUCUACAGAAGUGAACCCCGGUCAAGUUCAAUCGGAAGUGUCCAAAAGGCUGCUGAUCAACAAUAAAGAAAAGUACGACCUUGUCAUCCUUGAGAUGUGCUUCAGCGACGUUUUCACGGCAAUUUUGCCUAAAUUCCAAGCACCGAUUGUUGGAAUCAACGCCUACGCUGACGCAUGGUGGAACUGGGACGCGUUCGGGGUUGAUGUUCGCUCUUCAAUAUUCCCUAGUUCUAUUCUGCCUUACAAGUACCCAAUGACAUUCCCUCAAAGAGUUAUCAAUUUCAUGGUUCUAGUCUACGAUCGCAUUAAGAGAAGUAAUUCCCUCAAAGUCCAACAGGCCUUGGCAAAACAUGCUUUCGGAAAUGAAGCGGCUCAAAUAGACGAGGUUGAAAGGAAUUUCGACUUUUUCUUGGUAAAUAAUGGACCUCCAGGCGUGGACUUAGGCAGGGCCCUGCCGCCGAAUUUUAAGGAAGUAGGCUGCCUGCAGUGCAGACCAGCUGACCCAAGCAAACUCCAACCCAACGUCAGAGAAUUCCUGGACAGUGCAACGGACGGAUUCAUUUUCUUCAGCCUUGGGUCUAAUAUCAAGAGUACCGAUCUUCCAACUGAAGUGAAAAAGGAGAUUUUGGAAGUUUUUGGCUCUCUGAAACUAAAGGUUUUGUGGAAAUUUGAGGACGACGACCUGCCUGGCAAACCAAAGAAUGUCCUAAUCAACAAGUGGCUUUCUCAGCAGGACGUAUUAGGCCACAAUAAUAUGCGAGCUUUCAUUACGCACGGUGGCCGGCUCAGCACUCAAGAGGCAAAUUACCACGGCGUGCCGCUCGUUGUCAUUCCUUUUUUCGCUGAUCAGUACAAAAACGGAGCAAAAGCAAUCAACACGGGCGUCGGAGUUUCUUUAGAGUUUUUGAAAUUCACCAGAGAGAAGUUUGCCCAGGCCAUUCAAGAAGUGCUUAAUAAUCCGUUUUACAGAGAAAACGCUCAGCGGUACUCGUCGAUCGCCAAAGACACGCUGCACACGCCGUUGGAAGAGGCAAUUUUUUGGAUCGAGUACGUUAUUCGGCACAAAGGAGCAAAGCACUUGCGACCGGCCGGCCAGCACCUCAACUGGAUCCAGCUCCAUUCAAUCGACGUGAUUGCAUUUCUGCUCUCACCUCUUGUUCUAAUUGCGUUCCUCUUGAAAAAGUUCCUCUGCUCAAAGAAGGAGAAAGUCAAAAUUCAAUAAACUUGCUCGUCUUUUAAGAACAAUAA